AUGAUAAGCUGGUGCCUAGCUACUAUCAUGAUGACACCUAAAAGACAAGUAGAUCAAGUUGCUUUCUAUAAAGAAAAACUACAGUACGAGACAUUAAUAUUCUACUUUGUUAAUAAUCAAGAAUUCGAUCAUGUAAAUUUUAAUCAGAGAAAACAACAAGCAGAAACAUUAUGUCGUGCGGUGACACAAUUGAAACAAAUGAAAUCUCAUUAUCCAUCACCAAAAGAUUUAGAGCAGAUAUUAAGUCAGCAGAGUCUUGGAAUCUUUGGUGAUGAACAUGUUGAGCAACAAUCAUCAAUUCCAGCACGACAGAAUCCAUAUUUACCAUUCAAUAAACAAAAUAACCAGUUAUCAGCACUACUGCGAGCCACUAAUUUUAUGAAAGAAACCAUAGCAUUUGCCUGUUACCGAUAUCAUUUCAACGAUAGUAUCUAA